AUGAAAGGUCUGGUUACUUUGGUUACCGGUGGUGCAUCCGGUCUAGGUCUUGCUUGCGCGAAACGAUUUUCUCGCCAAGGAGCACGAGUGAUUAUAUGCGAUCUACCGGCAUCGAAAGGAAGUGAAGUUGUGCAGAAAUGGGACACUAUCUCUCAAACUUCAAGUCAAGAACUCGAUGAACAAGCUGAAAAACUUGCUGCUCCACGAAAUGGACAAGACGAUGGACAAAAGUCAACUGGAAAUAAGACAAACACUCCUUCAGCGACUCCAAAUUUACAAACCGAUGGACCUUAUUUCUUUCCUGCAGAUGUAACUAACGAACAACAGAUUCAAGAUAUGUUCAAUAAAGUCAAGCAACAAUACGGACGUGUAGAUGCUGUGGUCAAUUGUGCAGGUAUUGGUGUUGCUUUUCGAACUUAUAACAUCAAUAAACGUUCUAUGCAUGGUCUUGAUGAAUUUAAACGUGUACUUAACGUCAAUGUCGCUGGCACAUUUAAUGUGAUUCGUUGGGCUUGCCAUAUUAUGGCUGAUAAUCAACCAGAUGCCCAAGGUCAACGUGGAGUUAUUGUUAAUACCGCAUCUGUAGCAGCUUAUGAAGGUCAAAUUGGUCAAGUAGCUUACGCAGCAUCGAAAGGUGCAAUCGUCUCGAUGACAUUACCAUUGGCACGUGACUUAGCGAACAUGGGUGUUCGGGUUUGUGCCAUUGCACCUGGUGUCUUUCAUACACCCAUGCUGGGAUCUUUACCAGCAAAAGUUCGAACAUUACUAGGCAAUAUGGUACCAUUUCCGGCACGAUUGGGAAAUUCUGAUGACUAUGCACAUCUUGCUCAAGCAAUUAUUGAAAAUCCAUAUCUUAAUGGUGAAAUUAUUCGGUUAGACGGCGCACUUCGUAUGCCACCGUAA